GGUUGGCUUAUCCCAAAAAUGGAACUCGCAUCUCGAAGUCCAAGGUGGGGAGCAAGUCCCCCCUCUCUGGAGACAACCCUCGCUGGGUUCAAGGGAUUAAGUUGGGAUUUCUUGCAAAGUUAAAGGUGCGAAGCAUAAAUUUCCCCAAAAAUGUGGGCCCCAAGUUGGACACCAACUUUACCUUUUCCCCAGGACAGAACUCGGGCAAGCUGUGCCGGGGUAAAAUGAAGUUGACCUAGGCAGCUCGAUCACCGUGAAUCGUUCGAGAAACCCCCAAAUCCCCGGCGGCGGCGGCGGCUCAAACGAUGCGCCACCACGGAGAACUCGGCGACCCCGUCCACCGGCGGCCCAGUUUUCCGGCGAACGAGUCUUCGAUUUUCUACCGCAUGAUCGUGCCUUCUAUUAUUCACGACAAGAAACUGAAGAUUCCUGGCAAGUUCACCGAUAUGAUUAGGAAUGAUCUCCGUGUUGUUGCUACUCUCACAACUCCUAAUGGUUGUGUUUGGCAAGUUGGAUUACAGAAGAUUGACAACAAGUUUUGGUUCACCAAUGGUUGGAACGAAUUUGUCGAACAUCAGUGUAUCCGUGUGGGAUACCUUCUAAUCUUCACAUAUGAAGGGAAUUCAGUUUUCAGGGUAAACAUAUUUGACAUCGCCUCUUCUGAGAUAAAAUAUCAAUAUAACACCAUGAGUAGUUCUCAAGGACCCAAUUACAGUAACCGAUGUCCAGUACCUUAUAUGGAAGAAGCAGAAGAUGAUGUGUUUCGGACGCUUGCAUCUUUCGAAAACAAGGGUUUUCCAGAAACUGUAGACCAGCAAAGGCUUGGAAAAAAUGGUGAUCCUCCAUUGCUGCAGAACUUGGUAAAGUCCUUUUUUGAUUCUGAUUUAGCAAACGGCGAGCAUGAUAAAAGCAAAUCUUCCUCAGGCCGUUCCAUAGGCGGAUCCACUCGAGAUAUAGGUAUUCAGUGCAAUAACAGUGAACUUAUGAAGUCAGUAUAUGAAAUCAGAGUGCAAUCAUUGAAUCAAAUACCUGUAAAACCCAAAAAAAGAAAGCGCGGAACUGGAUCUCGUGAAGUCGAAGCUUCAGCUAAACGUGGAAGCGAAGUACAAACUCCUGGCACUGAAACAGAUAGGACUUUCUUGAGGAAGUGGAGAGUAGUAACACCCGAAGAAAAAGAGAGAGUGCUUAAUGCAUCCAAAAUGUUUCUUUCGGAAAAUCCACUAUGCAGGGUUAUCCUGCGACGGUCCUAUGUAUAUAAGGGGAUUGGCUUGCAUAUGCCAUCCUCCUUUGCUGAGAAGUAUCUUGGGGGAGUUUCAGGAUUCAUCACCCUUCAGGUUUCUGAUGGUGAAAAGUGGCCUGUCAAGUGCAUGUGGAGAGAUGGCUCCGCUAAGUUAAGCAAGGGGUGGCCUGAGUUUGUCAGGGAUAACAAAUUGGAGGAAGGAGAUGUUUGUGUUUUUGAGCUGAUCAAGGUGGAGGAUAUUGUGCUGAGGGUUACCAUCUUUCGUGUUGUUGAAGAUGCAGGACCUGUGAACCAACUCCCAAAGGAACAUCUUGAACGAACCAGCCAAUUCGUGAUUGAUUAUAAUCUGAAUCGGUGAAACUUCUGGGUAAGCUUUCUUUGUUAGCCAGCUCGUUAACUUGUUUAAGUGGGUAUUAAACUUUUAAUCUUCGUAGUCGGGACUUUAGUUGUUUGGAAGUUCAAAAAUUUGUUUAUUUCUCUUCCGUUGGGCCCCAAAUUGAUGCUUGAUUGUAAAAAAUCUCCCGGUUUGGAGAAAUGUAGUGGAUUUCUCACAACCUUCUUCACUUUGUAAUAUUAUCUCUCUUAGCGUC